AGCGAGCCAAUUGCCGGGUCUGAACCUCGCCAAGAGCUUCGAGGCAGCUGCAGCCGCAACCACAACAACGGCGGUGCUUACUGCUGAGCCUUCCCGCCCGGAGCGCGUGCUCAGCCACAAACAGGGAACAAAAGAAGCUGGGAUGAGCCUGAGGAAUUUGCAAAAGGAAAGUGAAAGCCUGGCUGGGCGCUUUGAGGCAGUGGCUGGGUGAGAAACUGAGCGCCCGUCAGCCAGUCCCCCAGGCGCGGCCAAGCGCCAUGAACUCCGGAAUGCGGAGUCCCGCGCGGGUUUCCCAAGGCUAGCUCUCCCCGUCCGUCCUCGAGGGGGACCAGCCCUGCAGCCAUGGCUAUAGCUCACCUGGCCACGGAGUACGUGUUCUCGGACUUCCUGCUCAAGGAGCCCACAGAGCCCAAGUUUAAGGGUUUGCGCCUGGAGCUGGCGGUGGAUAAGAUGGUCACUUGCAUAGCCGUGGGGCUACCCCUACUCCUCAUCUCGCUGGCCUUCGCACAGGAGAUCUCCAUCGGUACACAGAUAAGCUGCUUCUCUCCCAGUUCCUUCUCCUGGCGCCAGGCUUCUUUUGUGGACUCCUACUGCUGGGCAGCAGUUCAGCAAAGGCAUUCCUUGAACGGUGAUUCAGAAAACCUUCCAUUGUGGCUCCAUAAGUUUUUCCCUUACAUUUUGUUGCUGCUAGCUAUACUGUUGUACAUGCCUACAUUGUUUUGGCGUUUCACUGCGGCCCCUCACCUUUGUUCAGAUAUGAAGUUCAUUAUGGAGGAACUUGACAAAGUUUACAACCGGGCUAUCAAAGCUGUGAAGAGUGUUCGUGGUGUUGAUGUGAGAGAUGGUGCCAGCCCAUUUGUGGGUGUGACUGAGAAUAUUGGGCAAAGUCUCUGGGAAAUCUCUGAAAGCCAUUUCAAAUACCCAAUAGUGGAACAGUACUUGAAGACAAAGAAGAAGUCAAAGAACUUAAUAGUCAAGUACCUCAUCUGCCGGGCCGUGACCUUCAUAAUUAUCCUGCUGGCCUGUGUCUACCUGGGUUAUUACUUCAGCCUUUCCUCCCUGUCUGAUGAGUUUGUCUGCAGCAUCAAGUCAGGAAUCCUGAAGAAUGACAGCACAGUUCCGGAGCAGAUUCAGUGUAAGCUCAUUGCAGUUGGGAUUUUCCAGCUCCUCAGUUUCAUUAACCUGGUGGUUUAUGCUCUGCUGGCUCCCGUGGUCGUGUACACAUUCCUCGUUCCCUUUAGACAGAAGAGCGACGUUCUCAAAGUCUAUGAAAUCCUGCCCACCUUUGAUAUCCUGCACUUCAAGUCAGAAGAAUACAAUGACUUGAGCCUCUACUAUCUUUUCCUGGAAGAAAAUAUAAGUGAACUUAAGUCCUUUAAGUGUCUUAAAGUCUUGGAGAACAUUAAAAACAACAGUCAGGGGAUUGACCCCAUGCUACUCCUGUCUAAUCUUGGGAUGAUCAAGACUGAUGUCGUAGAUGGUAAAACUACCAAGCCUGCAGACAAAAAGGGAGCAGAACCUGGGAAUGAUGCAAUAGAGCUCAACGUUUUGACAGAUCAGGAUUUAAGCAACGAAGCGAAAGCAAACAAUGAAGAGAAGAAAAUUCGCCAGAGACUUCUAGAGUCUUCACAAUGACCCUUUCCCUCUAACUUUCAGUGUUGUGAUUUUUAUGAUGAGUAGCAUCCCAAUUACGGUACAAGCCUUGCUGAUUAGAGAAGUCAAAGGGUCAGGCUUUUACCCACCUUGGAUCGGGCCCAGCUCAUGACAGGUGCCCAUUUGGUGAGGAUGGCAAGGAACUGAUCUAGUGUCUGCCCUGGGAUGAUGAACUCAAAGAUUCUCAGUAUUGUGAGCAAGAGGCAAAGAACAUAUUGAAUAAACUCCCUGAGAGCUAAGCAGACUGCCUCAAGUGUAGCUACUAGAACCAUUUUAAUACAUAAAUAAUGUAGUUAAGGUAUAAAAAGAAGUGGCCCUGGCAAGAGAUCUAGAGAAAAGCCGUUCUGUGGAAGAUAAUGGUGAUCAACUCCGGAGGAACACAAAGAACUUACAAAAAAUAAAAACCAAGUAAGGAUAUCAGGAAAUAUUAAGCUCCUGGGGUACUUAAUAAUCACUGUUGGACCAUAAAGCGUCCUACAAGGUAUAUAUGAAUGGCGAGUGGGCAGAAAAACUGACUUUGGGGAUAAUAAAAAUUAGACUCUAUUGUUAAAGCUUUUGUAUUACAUUUUAGGUUUUUUGGUCUCCUUAAUUUAAGCAGUUUCUAGAUCAGACUUGUCUAAUGCCUUCAACAAAGGCUUUAGUUUGGUUUUUUUUUUUUUUUGGCAACAAAAUGUUAUGAAACAAACAUUUAAGUCAAGAAGUCCAAGGUGUAGGGAACACUAACCUGAAAGAGGCUAGUUAAAAUAGAGACAAAAUAACUUAGUAAGCCCACAUCUGAAUGACUCCAAAUACAGCCUUGCUUUAAAAACCCAGGCACAGACAUCCAAACUGACAAAGUAGAAAACUACAGGAAAGAAUAUUUCGUGUUGCAAAGGGAACCACUUCCCCAAAGGGAAUUCCUGCAGGGUUUCUUCAAAUCUUGAGCUCACCUAAUGCAUUUAAGAUAUGAUUCAAUUGAAAUAUAAUUUGAAGGGGGCAUUUCUUUAGCUUAAAAGUGAGCCAAGCCUGAAUUGGAUUUCUGUCAGGAAGCAUUAAGUAAUCCCUGUGAAAAUAUGUCACUUUAGGAAAGGAUUCAAGUCGUGGUACUAAACCCAUUUGGCUACUCGUUUUCCAGAAAUAUUUUAUAGACAGUUUUUAAAUAAUAAUAGGUACAGACAUGCUAUGUACAGGUAGGUAGAUGAGGUAAUUCUUUCAGAUGAGAAUUCAAAGCCAUCGUGGGGAACCUGUGGUCUCGAAGCCACAUGUGGCCCUCUAGGUCCUCAACUGUGGCCUUUUGACUUGA